UGUCCGCGGAGCUCCUCGUAAAUUCUCAUGCUCGCCUUUGUUUGCGAGCGGCGUGAGCGUCGCGAAAAUCCAAUCAUCCAAGUGAUGCUCGUGACGUGAUCUCUGCCGUGGGUCGGUACGUCAGGCAUAGCCCACCGUCCACCAUUAGGCACCGUCCUGCGGAAACGUCUCUUCGGCUGCGUCGCGGAUUCCAGCCUUGUGCUCGACUCUCGCAGCAAUGAGCAGCCGGAUUCCGUCUGACAAGGUGAACCUGCGGCUGAUCUUGGUCAGCGGCAAGACCAAGGAGUUCGCCUUCAGUCCGAAUGACUCGGCUGCAGAGAUUGCCCAGCACGUGUUCGACAACUGGCCUCAAGAGAUGCGCCUAAUCUAUCAGGGGCGCUUUCUACACGGCAAUGUGACUUUGGGCGCGCUGCAGCUUCCCCUGGGCAAGACCACUGUGAUGCACCUCGUGCCCCGGGAGAACCUGCCCGAGCCCAACUCUCAAGACCAACGCCAGAAGAGCAAAGAACGAAGCAGCGGCUGCUGUAGCGCCAGCUGCUCCAUACUGUGAACUUCCCCGGACCGUCGUCGGCCCUGUACAUACCUGAACAAAGAAUAAAAGCGGACGCUGUGUGCGGCGACUACCGUG